AUGGCAAAACUAAUAAAACACACCUUGAUGUGCGCAGGUGAACAGGCCACGUCCCAAAAGAAUUCACUCUGGAGCAAGGCAAUAUUUUACUGGAUACCUCGUAUCUGUUACUAUACACAUACCAAACCCACUAGCAAAGGAAACAUCUGGCUCUGUCCUGAACUAAAAUAA